CCAAGGCUCUAAGUUGGGUUGGAGCCUCUUGUGCUGGGUGCUGCACAAACGCAGAGCCAGAGAUGCUCCCUGCCCCAGAGAGUUUACAGCAGGGAUCUCAACUCACCGCCAGGGCCCAUGAGGACUAGUACAUUGGCCCGAGGGCUGCGGCACUGACACCUGUCCAUAAAAAGUUCUUCUCAGUAAAAGUCUGUUGACCAGACCUGUGCUUGCCUGUACAGUGGUCUUGGAUCAGCCAACUCUGGCACAUCAAAUCCACAUCUCUCCCAGGAGCUAUGUUCUAAAGGACUUUCUGCCGAGCCCACAACAGGAGCCGCUCACCUUCAGCAACCGGAAGGGUUUGCAAUGCAUCUCGCCACUAAUGAGAAGUGUGGAAGAGACUCCUCAGCCCAUCCUGACAAAGGUCAAAGGGCACAUUCCAAAGUGGCUCAAUGGCAGCCUGCUAAGGAAUGGGCCUGGGAAGUUUGAGUUUGGAGAGGAGAAAUUUAACCAUUGGUUUGAUGGCAUGGCCCUGCUGCAUCAGUUCCAACUGGAAAAUGGCAUCGUGACUUACAAGAGCAAGUUCCUGCAGAGUGAUUCCUAUGUGACUAACAGCCAGCACAAUCGGAUCGUGGUCUCGGAGUUUGGAACCCUGGCUGUGCCGGACCCAUGCAAGAGCAUCUUUGGUCGCUUCAUUUCAUGGUUUGAGAUGCCACGGCCAACGGAUAACUCCAAUGUGAACUACGUGGUGUACAAGGGAGACUAUUAUGUCAGCACCGAGACCAACUUCAUGCAGAAAGUGGAUCCAGAAACCCUGGAAACCAAGGAGAAGGUGGAUUGGAGCAAAUUCAUUGUGGUGAAUGGAGCAACAGCCCAUCCACAUUAUGAGCCUGAUGGGACAGCAUACAACAUGGGCAACUCUUAUGGGAAACAUGGUUCCAGCUAUAACAUUAUUCAGAUUCCUCCGCAGAAGUCAAACCACAAUGACACGUUACAGGGAGCAAAAGUUCUGUGCUCCAUUGCUCCGGCAGAGAAGAUGAAACCCUCCUACUAUCACAGCUUUGGAAUGAGUGAGAACUACGUGAUCUUCAUUGAGCAGCCCAUCAAGAUUAAUCUUUUUCGGGUCAUCACAUCCAAGCUCCUUGGGAAGCCCAUUGCUGAUGGGAUAAACUGGGAGCCUCAGUACAAAACCCGCUUCCACGUGGUGAAUAAGCACACGGGAGAGCUGCUUCCAGGGCAGUUUUGCAGCAAGCCAUUUGCUACUUUCCAUCAAAUCAAUGCCUUUGAAGAUCAGGGCUGUGUGGUCCUUGACCUCUGCUGCCAGGAUGAUGGAGAGAGCCUGCAUACUUACCAGCUUCAAAACCUGCGCAAAGCUGGGGAGGGUCUGGAUCAGAUCUAUAACUCGACAGCCAGAGCUUUCCCCCGCCGCUUUGUUCUACCCCUGAAUGUGGAUUCAAGCAUGCCCAUGGGGCAGAACCUCAGCCCUUUGCCCUACACAUCAGCAAGUGCUGUGAAAGAGGCGGAUGGGACGGUCUGGUGCAUGCAUGAAAAUCUCCACUCCGAGGACCUGGAGGAGGUAGGGGGCCUGGAGUUCCCCCAGAUUAACUACUCACAGUGCAACGGCAGGAAGUACCGCUUCUUCUAUGGCUGCGGCUUUCGGCACAUGGUGGGGGAUUCGCUGAUCAAGAUGGAUACAGAAACCAAGAAAAUAAAGAUUUGGCAAGAGGAUGGAUUCUACCCUUCAGAACCCGUGUUUGUGCCAGUGCCUAAAGCCACUGCAGAAGACAGUGGGGUCAUUCUGUCUGUAGUGGUCACACCCUUGCAGAACCAAAACACUUUCCUGCUUGUCCUGGAUGCAGAGACCUUCAGAGAACUGGGCCGCGCAGAAGUCCCAGUGCAAAUGCCUUAUGGAUUCCAUGGCAUCUUUAUCCCACGUUAAUGGAGAAGCCUGCUAUCUCAUAUUAGAAGCUCCUGGCUUCUUGGAGCUCAGGGCUAGGUGAAGCCCAAUGUGAAUCUCUGCUUUUCCUUUCCUUUCGCUCUUGCAUUGUGCCUUUUAUGAAGGAGCUGCCUCUGUAGCCCCCAAACCUGUUCUCUGUGCUGCUGCAGUAUUAUUAAUGCGUAGUGAAUGGGUCUGAAGCUUAUACUGCGCAAGGUGAUAGCCCCUUCUCCAGAAGAGCCCAGUGCCUUGGCUCACUCCAUUGUCCUGCUCUGCCAGUCUGCUGUAACCCCCGUGCUGCCAAGAACUGGGCAGGCCAGGGAGGCAGCAGGUGCCAAGAGAGCAUGCUUCUUCCCAGCAGCAAUGCGCUCUGAGCGGGAGAGGCUAGUCAGCAGCUCUGCUCGGAGCGGUGGCUUUGGCUUUAGUGCACAAAGCUAAAGGCGAGAAGGGGCCAAGGGAAGGAGGGGAAAUUGCCUCCUCCGAGUCCCAAGUGUGCCACUGCUUCUUCAGGAAACUGUCUCAACUCAGCCAGGAAGAGCAGAGAGGGAGCUGCCCUACUUGGCAGCUGGAAAAUGUCCGUUCCAGUCUGUCUGUGCGCUAACAACCUGUGCAAAUAUCAUGACUCAAAGAAAAAAGAUGGGUGUCAUCCCAUGCUUCCUUCCUGUCAUUGAAACCCUCCAUAUCUCAGACCAUGCCCCUGCCAUGCAUCCCUAGUGAAACCAGUGUGGGUCAAACACCCCGCUGCUGUGUCCCUGCCACGCCCCCUAGUGAAACCCGUGUGGGUCAAACACCCCUCUGCUGUGUCCCUGCCACGCACCCCUAGUGAAACCAGUGUGGGUCAAACACUCUGCUGCUGUGUCCCUGCCACGGCCCCUAGUGAAACCAGUGUGGGUCAAACACCCCUCUGCUGUGUCCCUGCCACGCCCCCAGUGAAACCAGUGUGGGUCAAACACCCCUCUUCUGUGUCCUGCCAUGCACCCCUAGUGAAACCAGCAUGGGGCAAACACAUCCCUGACAUGUGCCCACAGCAGAACUAGUGUGUGAAACAUGCCCCUGACACCUUCCCAUCAUGUCCCCCAGUAAAACCAACAUGGCUCAAACAUGCCCCUGACACAUCCCUGCUACACCCCCCAGUGCAAUCAACAUGAGUCAAAUAUGCCCCCACACCGCAUCCUGUCAUGAAAUCAGCAUGGGUCAACACAUCCGUCAUGCCCCCGACAAUCCACAGUGAAACCAGCAGGUGUCAAAUAUAGCUAUUUUUAUUUUUCUGCUUAGGCACACUUAGAGGGCAUUGCCUUAAUUGACCUUCCUCCAGUCGAAUAUAACUCUCAUUCAUUCAUCUUUCAGGUAGAUGGGCAAGUCUCUUAUGCUCAGAUGCUUUAGUUGUGGUGGGAUGGGUGAAGAGGGAAUGGGUUAGUUGUUUGUUUGUGGAGGCCCCAUACAGCAACUUAUCUGUCUGAUUCUACUAAUAAAAGACUGCUCACAGUGAUUG